GGCCAGGAGAUGGGCCGACCAACUAGUCAAGUGUGUGUUUGUGUGUGUUCGUUGCACGAAACGUGUCUAUUAACGACGGCCGCGGCACGCGCAUAUACAUCAACGUUAGACGUAGUACAUAUGGUUUUCUUCAUCAAUUGAAAGUUUUAUGUUGGUUGGCUUCGAUGCUAUACCAAAUACGGCUCGGUAUUUGGCCUUUGAAGCGAAGGAUUUAUCCCGACUCCGUUUUCACUGAAGACUGUCCGCUUCUCCUCCCCUCCAUGAAGCGCUGCGAUGCCCUCUGAUUUUAUAUCCCUCCUUAGCUCGGAUAUUGACCUCAAUUCUCCCAAAUCUCUAUACUCUAAAGAGUCAGUAUAUGACCUCCUCCCCAAAGAGCUCCAGCUUCAGCCGUCGUCCACCCAAACAGACCCACCCACCAUGAGCCAGAAGAGCGGGGGAGAGACGGGACCUCCCCCCUCUGCAACGUUGGCCACAGAUGCCAACUCUUCCACCUCCAGCCCCUCUGCCUCUUCCUCCCUGGCCAUGGGACUCUCAUCCAGUGGCGGCUCUACCUCUGCCUCAGAACAUCUGACAGUCUCUCCGCAUCUCCACUCUGCGGGAGGAGACGGGGCCAGAGUGUCCGAGAUGCAAGGAAUGGAGGCCGCCGAUUCCGCCCCCAGCAGAGGCACAGGUGGAUCCAACAACACAGGCGGGGACGUAGGGAGCGGAGUGCUGUCAGGGCUCGGUGUGCAACAGCUGCAAAACACCCCAUCAAAGCGAAGGCCUGUGUUGAGCAUAUCACCGCCACCCGAAGAUCUGUUCGAUGACAGCCAAAUGUCUUGCCAAGAUGAACCCACCAUAUCCACUGCACCGUGUCCGGACUCGGAGCACAGCAGCAGUAUGUGGGCCGACGACUCCGUGUCCAACUUCAGCUUGAUCAGCUCCAUCUCGUACAACGACAACACAGAAGUGCCACGCAAAUCCAGAAAACGCACCCCCCGCCAGCGUCCGGGCCCCAAACCUGCUCCUCCAGAGAACAGCAUGGAUGUGUUUGAUGCCGACAGCGCCAAGGGUCCUCACUUUGUCCUCUCCCAGCUCAGCACAGACAAGAGCAGCACAAUUGCAAGCUCUCUGGAUUCAGGAACUGCAGUGAAGGGUGGGUCGCUGUCUGCUCAGUUUCCUCAGAGGAGUGACGGAAAGGAGCUCAAGAUCCUGGUGCAGCCAGAGACCCAGCACAGAGCUCGGUAUCUGACGGAGGGCAGCAGAGGUUCAGUUAAAGAUCGAACACAGCAAGGAUUCCCCACUGUCAAGUUGGAAGGCGUUAGCGAACCAGUGAUCCUUCAAGUGUUUGUUGCCAAUGAUGCGGGCAGAGUGAAGCCUCAUGGUUUUUAUCAGGCAUGUCGGGUAACAGGGCGCAACACCACGGCCUGUAAGGAGGUGGACAUAGACGGCACCACGGUUAUAGAGAUCCCGCUGGAGCCCAGCAAUGACAUGAUGCUAGCUGUGGACUGUGUAGGAAUUUUGAAGCUGCGUAACGCAGAUGUUGAGGCACGUAUCGGCGUAGCUGGGUCCAAGAAGAAAAGUACACGAGCCAGGCUGGCCUUCAGAGUCAACAUCCCCCAACCUGAUGGAUCAGUGCUGACUUUGCAGGUCCCUUCAUCACCUAUUCUCUGCACCCAGCCAGCCGGACUGCCUGAGAUCCUGAAGAAGAGUCUCCACAGCGGCUCCGUGAAAGGAGGCGAUGAGGUGUUUAUAAUUGGAAAGAACUUCCUCAAAGGAACCAAAGUCAUAUUUCAGGAGAACAUUUCAGAUGAUAACUCCUGGCAAGCUGAGGCAAAGAUCGACAUGGACCUUUUUCAUCAGAAUCAUUUGGUGGUGACGGUCCCUCCAUUCCAAAACCAGUCCAUCACUUCUCCUGUGUCUGUGGGGAUCUUUGUGAUGACCAAUGCCGGUAGAUCACAUGAGGCCCAGUCUUUCACUUACACUCCAGAAUCAGUAGAUAACUCAAAUGGCCAGGCUGUGAAAACAGAAGGAUCCUCCCUGGUCACCUCCUGCAUAUUUGACGGCCAAAUCAAAUCUGUGCCGUCUGAGCAAAGUGAAUGCUCUGACCAGCCUUCCAAACGGCAGGAGGACACACCUAUGGAGGUGUCUAGCAACCCCCAAUCCACAGAUGUUUUCAAACCGUCCAGCGAUGCUUUGAUUUCAGUGCAGCAGACUCUGGAGCUCAAUUCCAGUCCACAUCCAGGAGGAGAGGCUUUCGAGAGCCCGAUGCCCCUACAGCCUGAAGAUGUUGAGCUUGCCCAGGCGCCCCCUGUCUUCCCUAGCCUGGAGUCUCUCAGCACCAUCCAAAAGCAAGAGAUCUCUUCCACCACAUCCUUCCCUGUAUCAGGAGACACAACAAUACCCCCAGUUACAGCAGAGGUUCCUCAGCAGUUCCUCAGAGACCCUCAAGAAAGCCUGUCUCCUGAGAGCUCUGAGAAUAGUGGAACGAUUGUGGUCGUCGCCAUGCCUCAAAUAGCAGCUGCUGCUCAGCCACAGCCGCAGCAGUCACAGGUCACCCUCUUUCCCCAGGAAGGCGUGGCCCAGUUGGAGCGGGCCGUUAGGGAGUUGCAGGCCGGAGGUAACGCCACCCUCGAACACGUACUGGAGGUGGCUGUGGCCCAGCAGCAGCUUAACUCUGUGCUUUACAGCCCCACACCCACUGCAGAGUCCCUACAGCAGCACGUCCAGGAGAACAUGAACAGCCUGCGGUUGGGGGGGUCUGAUAAUUCACUUUCUGCACAGCAACAGAUACAAAUGCAACAGCAGCAGCAGCAGCAACAGAUACAAAUCCAGCAGCAGCAACAACAAAUACAACAGCAGUUUCAGCAACAGCAACAAAUCCUCGAGAACCUGCAGCAACAGCAGCAGCAGCAACUGCAGCAGCAACAGCAGCAGGUCCUCAGCAACAUGCAGAUCCAACAACAGCUCCUGUUACAGCCUCGAGACCAACAGCAGCUGCAGCAGCAGCAGCAGCAGAUCAUGGAGAAUAUUCAGCAGCAACAGAAUCAGCAACAGCAAGUCCUGAACAACAUUCAGCUCCAGGAUCAGCAACAGCAGAACCAGAUUCUGAGCAAUUUGCAGCAACAUCAGCUGCAGCAGCAACAGCAGCAAGAGCAGCAGCAGGUCUUGGAGAAGCUGCAGCAGCACCUGCAAGCUGAGCUGCUCCAGCCCCAGAUUCACUCCCCUGCCCAACCACAGCAGCCCGUCUCCCUUCUGCAGCAGGCGGGGGAGCUGCUCACCAUCCAGACCAGCUUCCCCACACAGCCUCCGUCCCACACAUCUCCACCCCAGCAGCUCUUCCAGUCACCCCAGCCGCUGGCUGAGACCCAGAGCUCCCAGCAGCAGGUUCAGGCUGCGCUGCUUCAGAACACGCUGACGGUCCUCUCUGGUGGGGGUCUGAGCUCAGAGCAGCAGUCCACCGGCUCCACCCUAUUUUUAUCCACCAACCCUCAGCAGCAGCAGCCCCAGCUGGCCUUCAUCUCCUCCAUGGAGACCUCAUCUAGCCAGCCCCAGUCUGUGUCGAUGUUCCAGAACCAACCACCAACCCAGCUUUCCCAGCUGCAGUCACAGAACACCCCAAUGGAGCAGCAGCAAUCUCCACAGCAGAACCAACAGCAGCCACAGCAGCUUCCAAUGGGCCAACAGGGCUCCUUGUUCCAGAACAUCCCAAACCACUCACCGGCAAACCCUGUUCCCCAAAACCAGAUCUCCCAGCCCCAACAGACAGGCCUGCUUCUCUGUACAACAGAUCUCAACUCGCAGACUAUCCUGUUCAGCACCCCAACCCAAGCGGCUCCCGCCAUCGGAAGCAUUAGUGUUGGAAUCCCCCAACAAGACACGGCAGAGCCCAUGUCUUUCCAAGUCCAGAGCUCCUCAGGGAACAACUCCACUCCCACUGCAAACCAACAGCAGAACCUGUUCCAGGAGCAGCAGCCAAUGCAGGUGACUCCAAGCCCCACCCAGGUCCCCAGCAGUCAGCCGGUCAAGCUGUUCAUACCACAGACGUCGCUGUCAGGCUUGCAGGGAACUAUCGGCUCUCAGGAGCUGAACAACGAAGCUGCAGCUCCCGCUGCGACGAUCUUUGUAGUCCAGGGUGGCGUCGGCAUGGUCGCCAGCCCGGGUCAGCAGCCACCAGAGCAGCUUUUCCAGACCACAGUGGGCGGUAAUGUAGCCCAACAAGGACAGCCCAACCUGUUUGUGUUUGGCCUUCAGAACGACUCAUCCCAGAUACUCACUUCUUCUGGACCGAACCUGUCUGCUCAGACACAAGCCCAGAGCUCUGGUCACAUGCAGCCUCUGUUGGAUCAGCCCAUGGCCCAGGCUGCCUCCGGCAUGCACAGCAAUCUGCAAAACACCAUUCAGGCACAAAUGCAAACCAGUCUAGAAAAUGCACUGCAGUCCAACAGCCAAACUCCAAUGCAGACCAGUCUGCAGUCCCAGAUACAGAAUCAGAUGCAGGCAACGAUUUCUGCAACGUCGGGCAUGGAUAAAAUCGAGGACAUAUUGGAAAGUCUGCAGAAGCAUUGAGACUCGUUUGGACAGACGUGUAGCUAAAAGUUAAAUCGGCAAAAGUGGCGUCUUGGUUUUUUAUGCCGAUGCCAUGAAAACAACAACAAGAAAAUCUAAAUAUUUAAUAACAAUUUGCUCUUUUACUAAAAACCCAAAAUAUGAGCUUUGACAUCAUUUUUAAAAGGUCAUCAUUAUUAAUUUUUCAUAUUAGUGUGCAUUCAUUGCUCUCAAAUUGUUGACUCCGCCUUUUGUAAUUAUCCAUCUUGCAAAUUAAUGAGGCCCGGCGUAACUGCUUGAUGAAUUAAUCCUAAAAAAAAAAAGAAAGAAGAAAAAAUGCAGUGUUUUUUUGCCGUACUCAGAUAUUGUGAGCCUCAGAGAUUAUGCUACAAACCUGCUUUGUGCGGGAGAAGGAACCAGAAAGGCUUGACGGGAGAUUGUGGUCACUUGGGAACAGAGCAGGAACAGAAUAUCAGAUUCCAUUGAUGCGCAGGUUAACAGCUGAAUCUCAUGUUGUGACUGUAAAUCCUUCAUAUAACCAGGGUUUAAAAAAAAAAAAAGUAAAAAAGAACAUUUUAUCUUUGAUAUUUUCUGGCUAUAAAGACUUCUGUUUCUCUUAAACCUUGGAUUCACAUGACGGCAGUCCCUCCCCUACAAAUUCAGGUGAAAUGAAGUGCAUUCUUUGUAGAAUAACGAUGCCUCUAAACAUUUGCUGGCAUGAAUUUAAUCUCUGAGGGAGGAUAGAAGAACAAUGCUAUCAGCUGUACUCCUUAAAAACAGGCGAGGGCCAGUAAUGAAUAGAUGAAUAACACCACUGAAUGAUGGCUUCUUGUUAAAACCGAAAACAUAAAUUGACCAUUAUUAUUACUGGUUGAUUUGAUCUAUUUAUCUUUAAAUUAUUUCAUUUUCCAGUGAAAAAUUCAACCAACCCAUUAGCUAGCCUGCAGCUGCUUACCAGACAUGAAGCCCGCCAGCUUGAAUUAUAAUUUAGCGUUACUUAAUAAAGGUAAUUAGUCCCACUCUGUUGCUUUCAUUUAUUUAUUUUUUUUCAAUAUAUUAUACCCCAAUACCUCUAACCAACUCAUGGUUAUUCUAAACAUAAAAGUUUGUAUAUAAUAUUUUACAACUACAAAUGAGAUUCAGCCUGUUAAACGAUGUGACCGAGCGGCUGGUUUUGCCGUCACCACGCAGUGUUUUCCCGUUUAGGCUCAUCGUUGGGUCUAGCAAAGCUUCUUUGGUGAAUUUCAACAGCAUUCAUUUUUGUGUCAUUUUUCAGUUUGUUAGUUUUUGUGAUUUUUUUUGUUUGUUUUUUGUUUCCCAUUUAAAUGUGCAGGUAACCUUUUACCAUUUAAUUAUCGACAGAAAGCAGCUUUCCACUAGUGGAGAAAAAAAGAGAAUAAAAAAAAAAAAGAGUGUUGUGUGGUUUUAUAGACAUUUUAUCUCAAGCACUUUAUAACCUUUUUGUGUAACCUGCUCCUGAUUAUCCGCCCAUCCGCAGCUCUGUAAGGAACAAGCUGAAUUUGUACAUGAGAAGAAAAAAAAACGUCUUUGUAGUUAUGAAUACAUUUAAAUCAGUCGUGUUUUUUCACAUUUUAUCAUAUCUUCUGGUCUGUUUUCGUUGAUAGCGUUUGUAUAGAAAGCCAACUUGCUGUCAAAUGCUUGUGUUCAGUCUCAGUGGUCCAGAAGCAGCCAUUUCCAUUAGAGCGUUGUCAUUUGUCACUGAGUGGUUCAGUGGGCCUUUCUUCUUAUUUUUGUUUUACACCAAACCUAUUCAUCUAAAAUAUUAUUUUACUUUGAAAUGAAGGAUACCGUUUACUUUUUUUUUUACCGAUUCACUGUAGAUGGUUAUACUAUGUCUUGUUUGCGUGUAGAGUGGCACCAGAUGAAGUUUUAUGACUCGUCUCUUUCAUAUUGAGCGAGGGCUCGCUGUUACUCAGAAGCCAGAGUUUAGAUUUUAUCUAUGGUGCUAUGUACCGGAGUUACAGGCACCUCAGCUGUGACGUUAACCGUUUCUAAUAGCGCUGGCUUUACUUUUAAUCUUUGCAGCAAAGUUGAGUCCACAGAGCUGGCUGUUUGUUGUGGGUUCUGACUGGAGCGAAGCAAGGCGUACCAAAGCUCCUGUUGUGAUUCGUCGCCAUCCUGUCUCAUGCUCGUCCUCGCGGAUGCCCUCGUGUUUACUCGUUUUUACAGAUGAAUGCAGCUCUCCUGUGGAAAGCAAUUCAGCAGAUUUACAAAUGGAAGGAAAAAAAAAAGGUACUUUCCACCAGUUUGAUACAGUUCAUGACUCAGGGUUCCUACACAGUCUGGAUAAGAAGGAAAUUUGAUUUCUGAAUUUUCCAGGUCUGUUUAGAAAAUGUGGAUAUUUCCAGACUUUAUUUGUGUUCCUUCUUACUUGCAUAUAGUUUCUGUCUUUAGGUUCUUCUCUGUAUCCGUCCUCGGUCUCCCUUUCAUUAAUCCUAUCUCCAAUCCUAACUGCCUAGUGAAAUUUUUUUCUUCUGAUCUCCUCUUCCCUCUGGUUUUAAAUCCUACCCACCAUAAACACAAAACAUUCAUAUUUUAAAAAGAUCAGUCUGGAAUUUUUACACAGCUAUUGUUUGGGAACCCUGAUUUUUUUUUUUUUUCCAUGUAUAUUGUCACUGCUGUUCUUUCCAUAUUUAAAAGCAGCCAAUUUGGCAUAAUCAUAAAGCCAAUUUCUAAAUAUUCAGAUGUUAGCAUAGCAUUGGUCAUAAACUCAUUUGUUUACAUUUUCAUAGUCAUGCUCUUGUCCUGCAGCUGUUAGGGAUCCAUUUUAAAGUAACUUAUCUUUUUUUAAAUUUUGUAUCCAUGUAUCAAAGUGUAGAGUAUUUUUGUAAAAACAAAGCUUUUUUUGUUUGUUUUUUUUGUUUUGUUUAUGCUCAUAGCACAGGAGAUAUCAUAGAGAGUGUGCUUUUCUUGAGAUGAAGCGCAGGUUUACUGUGAACUGUUUAAAGUGGAGAAAUAUAAUCAAGUGGACAUCGUUAUUGAUUUUACCCAAACUGUACAAACAUGAGGAUGUAUGGGCAAAUCUUUUUUUUUUUUUUUACAUCUUUAGUUUUUAAACUGUUUUCAUGUCAUGCAUCUCAAAUGGCACUUUGACUCAUCCGUUUUACUGUAGAUCAGGUUAGAGCUCAGUCACGUGUCUCCAAGCAUUCCCUUCCUCUCGGUCAGAGGAGAUGAAAAAAAAAAAAGAGCACACAGCAUAGUGGAAGAACCCUGGAAAG